UCUUCAAGUGGAGGGAGUUUGAAGCUGGGACAUGGGGUGUUUGGAGAAGCGAGAGAACCGAGGAAGGAACUUUUGGGGCAGGAAAUCUGGAGAUUAGGACAAUUCGAGUCUCCCGGACGGGUUGAAUUCGGGGCUCUAGUGUUCUGGAAAAGGGGUGAGGGGUUGGGGCUGGGAUCCUGAGCAUUUGGAAAAACGGAGAUAACUACGGGCAAGGAAUCUUGGUAAGGGAGAUGCAGUGGCGGUGAGGAGGUGCUGGUGAGAGUCCCAUAUUCAGGUCUUGGAGUCAGAGGGAGAGUUUGGAGGUGAAGUCGAAAGGCAUUUGAAAGACGGGAGAAAAGGGGAAAGUUGACGGGUGAAGGUAUCAGAAUUAGUCUCCCAAACGGAAUAAAUCAGAGAGCAUUUGUAAUUUUUGAGCGAUGUGUUGGAGUCUGGGUUUCUGGACCCGAGAGCAGUUUGGGGAAAGAAUCUAGGACCUCCUUGGGGUGCGAAACCCGAGAGAAAGCAGUUUUAGGGCCGGAGUCUGGGGUGGGGGAGGGGCGUUCCGGGCUUGGAGCUCAGACCCGCAGCCCUAGAGGCAGCAGUGGGCGGGGCUCGGCCGGCGCCGGGCAGCUGGACGUCCGGGUUCCCUUCCCCCACCCGCCCCGGGCACUUGUGCGCAUGCCUUAAUGGAGGGCGGGGGAGGUUCGUCCCAAAGGCGUGCGGCACCCUCUGGGUAUUGUAGUGCAAGCUCAACGUUAACGCACGUGCCAGGCGGCUAUUGGCCCACAUUUCCCAGAAGCCCCUGGGCCAAAUUGUUGCCUGCCUGGACGUUGAAUAGAGAUCCAGGGAGGAGGCGGAGUCGGGCGUUGAGUCAAGUUUUAGCAAGUUUCUUGUGGGGCGCGCUUUGGGGGAAGUCGAAGGCGCGGGCUAAGAGAAUGAGGGAGGCUCCUUCCUUGCUCUUGGGAGAGCUCCCAGUCGGUUAGGAAGAGGGCAUGGUCAGAAAUAUACUCCCUGUAAAAGAAGAGUUUCGACAAAUAGGUGUCCUAACAGGGCUUCGGUGGCUCUAAUACAACAGGCAACAAUAGAUAAAUAUUGAAUGAAUAAAUGGCAAUUAAAUUCUUCUUCGUUAAGCGUUAACUGUAGAUGGGUACCGUGUAUAUUACACAUCGGAUCUCCUUGAGAAUACGUCCAGGUCUCCAUACUCCACAGCUGUCAUACGUGACACUGUUGAAGAAACGAGUAUUGUAGAAAGAACAGUGUUAAGACUCAGGAACUUGAUCCUCAUCUUACAGCUGAGGUAAUUGAGUCUCAAGGAGGCAAAUUCACCAUUCAAGGCCACACAGGGCAUCAUGGUAGGAGGCUUGAAGAGAAAACACUCAGAUUUGGAGGAGGAAGAGGAGGAUGAGAAGUGGGACUGGGGUUCAGCAGGCCUGCGGAGCUACCAGCAAGCCCUGCUUCAAAUCUCUUUAGACAAAGUCCAGCGGAGUCUGGGCCCCCGAGCACCCAGCCUACGCAGGCAUGUCCUCAUCCACAAUACCCUCCAGCAGCUCCAGGCCGCCCUUUGCCUGGCUCCAGCACCUGCCCUACCCCCUGAGCCCCUCUUCCCGGGCGAGGAGGACUUCUCCCUGUCCGCCACCAUCGGCUCUAUUCUCAGGGAACUGGAGACCUCCAUGGACGACACGGAGUCCCCUCAGAAUCCAAUAGCUCCCCCAGGCCCCCAGAACGAAGUGUUGCCCCAGCCUGAUCCAGUCUUCUUGGAAGCUCUGAGCUCCCGGUACCUGGGGGACUCUGGUCUGGAUGACUUCUUUCUGGACAUUGACACAUCUGCAGUGGAGAAGGAGCCUGCACUGGCCCCACCGGAGCCUCCUCACAACCUCUUCUGUGCCCCAGGGUCCUGGGAGUGGUUCCACAAACCGUCUUGCAUGUGUGUGUGUGUCUGGUUGCCACAGCCUUCUGUGAAGGUGGGUCUUCCUGAAUUAAUUUAUCUGUUCCAAAUGCCUUAACGUGACUCUGUUUCUAGGAGUCUGAUUUCCCACAUUUCUUCUGCCUUUUCCUCCAGUUCCUACUCCCCUGGUGACCACUGGGGCCUCAGGGAAGAUAAAGCUGGGCCUGUAUGUUGAUGACUGGGAUGUGCUGCCUGGUUGCUAUGGGAACUCAGACUUUGUCACUUGCACCUGGAGGGAGCAGGAGGGACGGACCUCCUCCCUCAAGGCUGAUCCCCACCUCAUUGGCAAGACCCCAGUCCCAGCAGUCUCCUGAUGCAUAACCAGGCCGGACCACGUGCAAUAGGGUGGAAAUCAAACCGCUCCAUGCCACAUUAUUUAAAAGAAAGGCGGGUUUUGUGGUGGGUUUUGUUUUGUUUUGUUUUUGAUUGUUUGUAAUGACUUUUUUUUUUUUUAAUAAAAGUAUUUUGGAAAGGGUGAUGUUGCCUGAAGUUUCUAAACUUCAGCAGGUCGAUGAGAGGGACCUGGU